AUGAGGAGGUAUGGACGGAGGCUCUUGUCCUCCUGGGCAAAUGCGGCGGUGGAGGAGCGGUGGCAGCAGGCGCUGGAGGCUGCGGAUUCAUCCAAGUAUGCCGCGGUGCUGCGGGAGUGUGGCGUCGCCGGGGAUCUGGCGCGCGGCAAGCACGCCCACGCGCACCUCCUCAAGAGCGGCUACUCGGGCGAUGCGCUGCUGGGCAACAUCGCCGUCCAGAUGUACGCGCGGUGCGGCAGCGUCGAGGACGCGGCCGCGGUGUUUGAUUCGUGGGCUUUCUGGAACGCCCACUCGUGGGCGGCGAUGAUCGCAGCAAAUGCCCGGCUGGGGCAUUUCUCCGCGUCGAUUUGCCUCUUCCGGAGCAUGGACCUCGAGGGCGUUCGCGCGAAUCGAUCGGCGAUCCUCGCGCUGCUGGGCGCGUGCUCGAAGGUUGGGGGAGGAUUGGGGUUGCGGUGUGGGCGGGAAGCCCACGUACGGAUGGUGGCCAUGGGGGUCCGAGUGGACGAGCUGGCGGGAAAUAUUUUGAUCGCCAUGUACGGCAAGUGUGGCAGCACGGUGAUGGCGAGGGAGGUUUUCGAUGUUAUGGAGGCUAGGGAUUUGAUUUCUUGGAAUUCUAUGAUCGGGGCUUACGCGCAGAACGGGCAUGGGAGGGAAUCGCUGGCGCUGUUCCACCAGAUGAUCGUUUCCGGACGCCAAGAUCAGGGUUGCGGCAUCCGGGAUGAUCAAGAUCGCGAAUCUGUCGCUCAAGAUUGCUCCAAUCCGCCAGUGAUUCCCAAUGAGAUCACGUAUGUGACCGUGCUUGGGGCUUGUUCGAGCGUCAAGGAUGUGGAAGAGGGAAGAAAGAUUCACGGCAGUGUCUUGCAACGAUUUGGGGGCAAAUUCUCGCAAGAGAUCGGGAACACGCUCGUCCACAUGUAUUGCAAGUGCGGCAGCGCGGAGGAGGCUCGAUCGGUCUUUGAUAAUCUGGUGUGGCGGCACCCGAUUACGUGCUCCACGCUCAUGGGGAUCUACAUCCAGCAGGGAAAUCCGGGCGAGGCAAUGCAGAUCUUGCGAAGGAUGGAGCUCGAUGGCUGCCGGCCCAACGCAGUGAUCUUCACGCGCUUGCUCGAGGCGUGCGCCCGAUCGCCGGAGAAAUCCGAUAGGUCGCGGCUCGCGGAGAUCCAAUUCCGGGUCGUGGCCACGGGAUUCGACGCGGAUGUCACCGUCGCCACGGCGCUGAUCAGCGCGCUAGCGCGAUGCGGCGAUCUGGAGGGGGCGCGGGAGGCAUUUGAUCGCAUCCCGGCCAAGAACGUCGUGUCUUGGAACUCGAUGAUCGCGGCGCUCAACGAGCACGGACAUUUCGCGCGGGCGCUGGAGAUCUAUCGCCGGAUGGAGCCCGAGGGCGUGAAGCCCAGCGACAUCAGCUACAUCCAUGCGCUGUGCUCGUGCUCGGGGCUCCGGGAUCUCGAGCAAGGCAAGAGCAUCCACGACAGGGUCGCGACGGAUGGAUUCGACACGCAGGUGUUCGUGGGGAACGCUCUCGUCAACAUGUACUCCAAGUGCCGGCGCUUGGAUCUCGCCCGCGAGGCGUUCGAGAGGAUCGAUUCCAAGGACGUGGUGUCGUGGAACAGCAUGAUCGCGGCCCACUCGCAGCUGGGCGGCAGCGACGAGGCGCUGGAGACGUACCGGCGGAUGAUCGGCGAGGAGAGGCUCGAGCCGACCAAGAUCACGCUGGUCCACGCGCUGGGGGCGGCGCUGAGCCUCCGAUCGGCCGGGGACACGAAGCUCCUCCAGGAGGACGCGAUCCGGCUGGGGCUGGAGGGCGAUUUGCUGGUGGGAUCGGCGCUGGUGAGCGCGCUGGGCAAGUGUGGCUGCCUCGAUCAGGCCAGGGCGGUGUUCGAUCGGAUGGAGCGGCGGAAUGUGGUGUCGUGGUCGGGGUUGAUCGCGGCGCUGGCGGAGCACGGGCGAGGCAGGGACGCGAUCGAGCUCUUCCAUCGCAUGGAUCUGGAUGGGAUCCAGCCCAACGAAGUAACGCUGCUGAGCGUGCUGGAGGCUUGCGCGAGCACGGGCGCGAUAGCCGAGGGGCGAAGAACUCACGCCCGGGUCAGCGGUUGCGGGUUCGAGGCCGAGACCAACGUGGCCAACGCGCUGGUCAACAUGUACGGCAAGUGCGGCCACCUGGGCAGCGCCCGUACGGUGUUUGACGCCAUGACGUGGCGGAACGUGGUGUCAUGGACGGCCAUGCUGGCGGGGUAUGCCCACCACGGGCAUACCGAGGAGGCGAGGAGGGUGUUCAAGGCUAUGGCGCUGGAGGGCAUCCAGCCCAACGUAAUCACCUUCGUCAGCGUGCUCUUCAAUUGCAGCCAUGCUGGGGUGGUGAGCGAUGGAUUGGAGCAGUUCCACAUCAUGGUCGGGGACUUUGGGAUAGUUCCUGUGACGGAGCACUAUGGGUGUGUGAUCGAUCUCCUUGGGCGGGCUGGGUGGCUAGAGGAGGCCGAGGAGCUCCUGAGAACGAUGCCGGUGGAGCCAGACAAGGCGGCGUGGAAUAGCUUGCUCGGGGCGUGUAAGGUUCACUCCCACACGGACAGGGCGAAGAGGAUCGCGAAGCUGGCCUGCGAUCUGGCGCUCCCGUUUGCGUCGGCGCCGUAUGUGUUGCUGUCGAACAUGUACACGGACGAGGAGCAGCAGAGUGAUCCAGAGGAAGAUCAAUGCAGCAGCUUGAUCGAGGUGAAAGGGAGAGUUCACGAGUUUGUGGCCGGGGACUGGAGCCAUCCUCGGAUCGAGGAGAUUGUGGCGGAGCUCCAGAGGUUGCAAGAGGAGAUGAUGAUCUUGAGGGGAUCCUCUUUGUGUGAAGAAGGCGGACAAGAGGGGAGUGUGCAAGAGAACGAGCACAGCUUGAAGCUAGCGAUUGCUUUCGGCGUGCUUGCUUCGCUGCAGGGAAGCUCUAUCAACGUUGUCAAUACUCGUAGGAUUUGCGUAGAGUGUCACGAUGCUGCUAAGGUGAUUUCCAAGAUUGCCGGUCGUAAGAUCGUGGUGAGGGACUCUUACCGGUUUCAUCACAUUGAGCAAGGGGUUUGUUCUUGUGGUGAUUAUUGUUAAAAGAUUUUCUCAAGAAUGUACAUACUAUUUUGAAUUUCAUUUUAUAAUAAA